AUGUUCGCCACGAACUUAUCUCGUCGAGUCGUUUUUACCAACAGAGCCUUAGCGAGACGUAAAGGCUGUACGGGAAUCAGAUGGAGUCAUGGCCUCGCGUCCGUGCCCGGUUUGACACCCGUGGAGAAGAUUGUAUUGGAUAGUGUCAAGGCAAGUCAAGCCAGUUCCGUCCAGGGGGCGACUGGUCCCAUAUCCUUUGCGAAAUACAUGCAACUAUGCCUCUCACAUCCUACCCAUGGGUACUACAUGAACCCAAACAACGCUGUGUUCGGGACUAGUGGCGACUUUAUUACAAGUCCUGAAAUCAGCCAGGUCUUUGGUGAGCUUGUCGGAGUAUGGCUCGUCUCUCAAUGGGCGGACGCUGGGACACCACCUGCCAUACGACUCGUCGAAUUGGGGCCUGGUCGCGGAACGCUCAUGGACGAUAUUUUGAGGAUCGUGAAGAAAUUCCUCCCUGAAAAGGCCUUGACUGGCGUACACCUGGUUGAAACGAGUGAAGCACUUCGUUCUGUUCAAAAGGCAAAGCUCGGCGAGAAAUGCGAUCUGCAUUUCCACAAUGGAAUUCACGAAAUUCCAAGGAACCCUUCGGUGUACACCAUGCUCGUAGCUCAUGAAUUCUUUGACGCCUUACCUGUACACGUCGUCCAAAAGACCGAGGCGGGGUGGAAUGAGGUCAUGAUUGCCUCAAACGACUCCUUGUCCUCAUCCGAAUCUUCGCCCUCCCAACCGCAAACCCAGAAACAAGGCGUCCUUCGCCGCGUUCUCAACCCUCUCCCUUCCCCAGCCUCAACCCUCCUCGGCAACAGCUCCCUUCGAUUCCGCAAUCUACCCAUAGGCUCCACCAUCGAAGUCUCGCCCACGUCUUUCAGAAUAGCGCACCAAAUUGGGCGACUACUCUCUGCCCGUGGCCUGGAAGAGAAACCGCUCGAUCUUGUCGAGGCCUCGCAGCAGGAAACUGGAGUUGGAGGGUGUGGGUUGGUCAUUGAUUAUGGCGCUGACCACGCUUUCGGUGAUUCUUUCCGGGCCUUCAAGGAACACAAGAUCGUGGACGUAUUCCACCGACCGGGAGAAUGUGAUAUUACUGCCAACGUCGACUUUGCAUACCUCAAGGAAGCCAUGACCGUUGAACCCCAUGGUCCUAUUACCCAGGCUGACUUCCUCGAGCGAAUGGCACUCCAAACACGAGUCGAAGCUCUGGUGCGCAAUGCCUCUUCGGAGGAAAGGAAGAAAGUGAUUCUCGAUGCUGCAAACCGCCUGGUCGACCGCAGUGGUAUGGGUACCCAGUACAAGGUUUUGGGAAUCACGAGCAGCCCUAAAUCCUCUUCCACGGGGGUCUGGCCGUUUGACGUCCAAAACCAGGCACUUGAGAGCUGA